UAGGCCAUGCAGUCUCUCCCUCCUUGAAAUGAGGAAGAGGAGAAAGAGAAAUGACAAGAAUCAGACACUGCUGUCCUGAAUUAUGAAGUUGGCACUCAACAUCAUGAAACAGAGAUGAAGGUACACAUGCACACAAAAUUUUGCAUCAUUUGUUUGCUGACAUUUAUAUUUCAUCAGUGCAAUCAUUGCCAUGGACAUGACCAUGCUCCUAAAGAGGAACGUGUACACUACCAUAAUGACUAUCAGAUCUCAAAUGCAUCCUACUUCCAGAAUGGAGGAACAGAAUCUAUGCCGAGUAAAUUUUCAACGUUGGAAGCUGAAAAUGAACAAAAAUACUACAUUGAAAAGAUUUUUGAUCGUUAUGGUGAAAAUGGAAGAUUAUCUUUUUUUGGCCUGGAAAAACUGUUAAUAAGCCUUGGUUUAGGAGAGGUAAAAGUAGUGAUGAUAAAUCAUGAUGAUAUUGGCCAUGAUCAUGUUUCUCACUUAUAUGCUUUAGAAGUACAGGAAGGAAAGCAUUCUCAUUCUCAUAACCAUCCUCAUAGCCAUAGCCACUCAGAUUCAGAAAACCAAACCACGAUUGGUAUGGCUGCAAAGAGAAAUCAUAAAUGUGACCCUGAGAGAGACACGGUAGUGCCAUCAGUAAAAGAUGAUGGCAAACACAUUCAUGACCAGAGUCGCCAUCACCAUCACCACCACCCUCGUCUACAUCAUCAUGACCAUAAUGGUACACAUCAUUCUCGUAAUGAUUCAGUUAGUCAUAGCGAACAUGGAGAACAGAACCAUGAACCUUCAACAGAGACAAACACAACUCAGGAUCAGCCAGAAAGAAAACAACGGAAACAGAAGAAAAAGCAAAAGAAGAUCAGUGAGACUUCAGGAGAUGCUACACGGGAUUAUGCCCCAGAUCAUGAUCCAGGGGAUCAGUAUGAGCACAAUCGUGUUCAUAAACACGACCAUGUACAUGAUGCAUCUCACCUGCAUGUACAUCAUCAUGAACACAGUAGCGAUCGUUCUACUAGUCAUGGACAUCAAGAUUCCAGUUUAGGUCAUGAGAACGGACACCACCAUACCAGCAAGCGAGAGGCACCUCAUAAGAAGAUCAGUGUAAGAAAGCAUGCUCUUUUUUCAACACAUAAUCAUAAGGAUCAUAAUGAAGAUGAACGUGAUCGUGAAGAGUGCUUAAACGUUACCCAGCUGUUACGGUACUAUGGUCUGGAAACCAGCUCUCCAAUAUCUCCUGAAUUGUUUGUAUACAUGUGUCCUGCUUUGCUAUACCAGAUUGAGAGAAGGCUUUGUAUUGUACAUUAUGAUGAGCUCGAAGAUUUCAUGAAAAGUAAAAACGCAUCAAUUGAGAAUAAAGAUAAAACUGGUGCAUCAGCCUGGUUUUGUGGUAUCAUCUCUAUCACCGUCAUUAGCCUGCUUUCCUUGCUAGGUGUGAUCUUGGUUCCCAUCAUUAACCAAUGGUGCUUCAAAUUUCUUCUAACUUUCUUGGUAGCUCUGGCUGUAGGAACAAUGAGUGGAGAUGCACUACUCCAUCUGUUGCCACAUUCACAUGGAGGCCACAACCACAGUCACCACCAUGGCCAAGGUCAUGUUCAUGAACACAGGCGUUCUCAUCGACAUGCCCACGGACAUGGAGUACAGGCUGAAGGCUUUCUAGAAGAAAAUGAUCCAGUGCUGAAAGGUCUUGUGGCACUCGGAGGCAUUUAUGUUUUGUUCAUCAUUGAACACUGUAUAAGAAUGUACAAGCAUUACAAUAAACAGAAGAGUAAGCAGAAAUGGUGCAAGAAAAAACAGACCGAAGAAUCACCAAUUGGAAGGAAACUUUCCGAUCACAAAUUAAAUAAUAGACCAGAUGCUGACUGGCUUCAACUCAAACCCCUUGCAGGAGCAGACGACUCCGUUUUAUCUGAAGAUCGACUCAAUGAAACUGAACUAACUGAUUUAGAUGGCCAGCUGGAAUCCCCUCCCAAAAACUUCUUGUCUGUAGAAGAGGACAACAAUAUGCACCAUUCUCACAACGAUGUCUCACGUGCCGCUCAAGAGCACGAUCUUCAUGAUUCAGAGUAUGACAGCCACGGCGAAGAUAAAAUGAUAGCUAGAAAACACAGUCACCACUGGCAUCACAAACAUUCCCAUCAUUCCCAUGGCCACUGUCAUUCUGGAAAAGACCUGAAAGAUACUGGGAUAGCUAAUAUUGCCUGGAUGGUAAUUAUGGGUGAUGGCAUUCACAACUUCAGUGAUGGCUUAGCAAUCGGAGCAGCUUUUAGUGCUGGACUGACAGGAGGAAUUAGUACAUCAAUAGCAGUAUUUUGUCAUGAGCUUCCCCAUGAAUUAGGUGACUUUGCUGUGCUGCUUAAAGCCGGUAUGACAGUAAAGCAAGCGAUUGUGUACAACCUCCUGUCUGCCAUGAUGGCUUACGUGGGGAUGCUGAUAGGCACGGCGGUGGGACAGUACGCUAAUAACAUCACGUUGUGGAUCUUCGCUAUCACUGCAGGCAUGUUCCUCUAUGUGGCACUGGUGGACAUGCUUCCAGAAAUGCUUCAUGGAGAUGGAGAUAAUGAAGAGCAUGGUUAUUGUCCAGUGGGGCAGUUCAUUCUUCAGAACCUAGGGCUGCUUCUUGGAUUUGCCAUCAUGCUGGUGAUUGCCCUCUAUGAAGAUAAAAUUGUGCUUGACAUCCAGUUUUGACCUAAUUCUGGUAAUCACUGUGGUUACAAUAAUGUUACUGUAUGGCUUUGAGUCUGCACUGUUUCACUGUAUGCACAUUGCUCAGAGGAAAAGCAGUGGCUUGCACUACUUACACAAGUCCAGUGUAUUCAUGUAGAUUUACUUCUGCUUUUUUUUCUAAUUCAAAUCAGAUGAUAUUACCCAAUGCAUCUUCUAAACUCAAGUGAUCGACAAUUAGGAGAUACUAAAGACAAGAAAUAAAUGUCAAAUUCGGUGUACUAUAUAGAAAGCACUGCUUGCUUAAGAAAGAAAAAGUACAGUGAAUGAUCUACUCAUUUAGGAAAAUACCAUUUCCGUGAUACAUUUGAACAGAACCCAGAAAACAUUACAGCUGAAAUUCAUACCUCUUCAAGGGACCAGAGUAAGCUUUUAGUGCCACCUAAGGCUUAAGUCGCACAUAUAUAUCCAUCUAUAUAUUUACGUAUAGAUAUAAAGAUAGAUAUAUACAGAUACGCAUGCAUAUAUGUGUGUGUAUAUAUGUAUAUUCAUUCUGUACUGAUUCUUCUGCACAGUGGUGACUUGGAAGUAUUAAAUUUUAUAACAGCACAUGACUGGAAACCACUGUGCUGAUUUAAAUUUAAAAAAGAAACCCAAAACCUAAACACUGUUUAAAUUCUUAGAGUAUGCGUUAAGCUGCACACCAUUAUAAACCUGAUGUGUAAGAAGGCAGGCUGUUGCAAUAUACACUGCAAAGUGCUGUGUUCUGUCGAGGAUCAGUUUGAUAAUGUUUUUCCUGACUAAGAUUUAUUUGAUGUUUGUUCCUUGAUAUUAGUAGGAAAAUGCAAAAUGCAGUAGAAUUAGUGUUAGCUUGAGGAAAUCCCUGACGUUGGAGUUAUUGAGCUAUUUCUGGUUCUUUUUUACAGAUGCUAAACAUGUGUUGUGUGCCACUUGCAGCAUAAACUACUGAAGAAUUGUGGCUGUGAAUUUGUGCAAACUCUUUUAACAGAGAAUCCGUAUGGGAAUUUCUCCAUUUUUUAACAAUUAUUUUGGACUGUUUUCUCCUCUUCAUGUUAAAAUAAUCCAAAGUGCAAGAUGCUAGUUACUGAAGCCAGGCACAAAGGUUAAAGUAUGCUGUGUGUAUGUAGUACUGGUAGGUUAUUUACAAUACUGUAAUAUCAGAUCAAAACCUGUUUCUACAAUGCCUCAGUAUCAGACAUUGUAGCACCAGCCAGUUCUGGCAGUAGAGAGUAUCUAAGAAGAUUUCUACUUCCAGCAUAAAGGAGUUCAUUUCUAUGAUAUUUUUUUACAAUUUUGGUAUUUAAAUUAGAUUAUUAAAAAGCAGAUGCGAUAGAUCCAUGGUUUAUGUAAUUUGGAAGGAUAGAUUGAAAAUUUGGGCCUUAACUUGCUGGGAUCAGCUGUCCUAGAUUGGAUUGUGCUGACAUGCUUAUAUUGCCAGACAUGAGUCAGUUCUUCUUGUACCCAUCUCCUUAAAAACAAUUGUGAGUUUGUGAGGAGCGCAAGUUGAUUCCGUAGUACCAGUCCUAAGCAUGGUAGUAGCUUUUUUUAAAACAUACAGUUCGUCUUCUUUUACGUGUAUGCCAGGUAAAAGCUGUAUUUUGACUAUGUGCCGUAAGUUUUGUUUCGGUCUGCUUGGUGCCAAUGUAGCUGCUAAAACACUGAUCCUAACGCCUUUAAUGAGAGCCAGUUGGUAUCUUCAUUCCAUUUCAAGUUAAUGUGUGUUUCCUGUGGCCCUUUACUUUUUGAAGCUUCAUUGGUCAAUUUAGUUCUUACAGAGAGCAGCUUAUGCAUUUUAAAGAUAUCGGUUGGUUCUUGCCAGUAUUUCUUCCUAAUGCAGUAUCAAGAAACAGUAUUAAGGGUCCAUUUCAAAGAAGGGCACAGUUUCUUCAGUGAAGAAGCCAAAAGCCCAGAGUUCAGGCAUGCAGCCAUUUGAUGCUCUGAACUCAGGUUUUCUCUUUUCUUCUUUAAAGAUGUUUACUGUGGGACCCCAAUUAGCAAACACAGUGUUGUUAGCUUCAGAUUACUGAAUUUCUGCAGUGUAAAGAUCCUGGGUGACAUUUUUUCAUAGUGCCCAUGUUAGGUCACUGAGUACCAUUUUCAAAGAGACUUAACUGACUGGAUACCUUCUGAGGAUCUAAGUUUAAACAACCUAUGUUUCUUAUGUAUUAAACUGACGCUCAAUUUACCUUUUCUGUUAAUUCUGUCAAGUAUAAGGAGGUCAUUAUGUGGUUGAAGUGAUAUUCUGUCAAAUCCUUUUUUUAAAGUUUGUUUAUUUCUUUUAAUUCUUUUCAAAUGAAGAUAUCUAUAUUUCAGGUAGUAUAUUUACUUUUGUAUUAGUUGGAAUAUGGUUAUAGAUUAAUACACUGCCUCUAUAGGAAAAUAGUUAUCUGCCUUCCAAGACCAUCUUCAUACAAGGGAAAAACAUGGUCCUUGAAGGUAGGUACUGUAUUUUUCAUUAAAUAUGGGUUGUUUCCUUUUAUUUUCUAGUAUUUAUUACAAGUUGUGAAGAGCAGUGUAACAGCUGACUUCUAUAUGUUUCCACCAGUAUUGAAUUCCAAAUGAUUCUAAUGUACACUUUUGAGUCAUGUUACAGACAAUCUGAAUUCCACUACAUUUCUACUUGGCUUCAACAUUCCAUUCUGCUUGAAUCCAGAGUCUCAUUUAACUUGUAUUUGUUGGAGGGCAUAAAUGUUACUUGUAUAUUACAAUGCUGUCACUGUGUGACAUCCCAUAUGACUUUUGAUGUAGAUCACAUUGCACUCAAUCCUCUGUGAUUAUGCUUAGAAAAUAUUGUAGUUGCUAGAUGCAGUGUGAUUUUUUUUUUUUUUAAUUUUUUUUCAUUCCCUUCCCCAUUAACAAUUGAGUCUAUGGUUUAAAAUGUGAUUACAGUCCUAUAAGAUAACUUGCUGAGCUAUCAGUCUUUUUGUUAUAACUAAAUCAUUUUUUAAAAUUUUAUAAAGCUGGAAAUGAUCAAAUGCUGUUUUGUUCAUUGUCAACAGUGUUGUGUUCAUUUUAUGUAUGUUCCUUAUAAAUAAGGAGCCUUCAGAAAAUAAAAUUAUUCAAGGAGCAGAUAGUUUUGU